AGACUGUGUAUUGUGGAUAUGCGCUUCUGUGUUUGCGCAUCGCGUUUUUUUAUUGACCGUGUAAAUGAUAAUGAAAGAAAGAGAAACUGAAACACAGUGCAUUACAAACAAACUGUUAUCAUCGCCAGACGCCAGGCACCAACAAACCUGACUGUGCUGUUUGCCUUCGAAGAAAUGAUCUUCGUUUUAACUCUUGCUUUGCUCCUGACUUUGUCCUGGGGUCUUCCCAAGGAUCUUGUAAUUCAGUUCGAGCGCAGUGUAUUGAUGAACGGCACUGUGGUGGAGAGAAUCAUUGUCAACGGCGCGUUUGACAGUUAUUUAAAGGGACAGCAUCCUGUUGUCAGACCAAUUAAAGAUGAAGCUCUUAGGAUGAUCGUGGAGCGUGAUCGUGCAACAACAAACAAUUGCACGUAUAUGCGUUUAAGAGAAUGCAACCUGCGUGGCUAUGAAGUCCUCAGACUGUCCGACCGGUUUCAGAGGAAUGGACGAGAUUAUCUGGUGUUAGAGCCACAAGCUGAUUCGUGGACCGUGUUGGUCCCUGAGGCGAAUGAUCUAAAGAAAACAUGGGCGCUGGAGACUGACCUCACGCGCCUUGAGAAAACUCAUUUGAAAGAAGAUUGCGAGGAGUUCGUUAAACAAAUGCAUGACAAGCAGAACCAUGAGGAGCUUGAAGUGUUGAGAGUUGUUGCUCCAGUUUUUACCACAGCUGUCUUCUUUGGAUUUGUUUUUACAAGCAUUCUCAUGUUCAAGCGGCAGGGUCAACAUCCAGGUGGUGUUAUAGGCUCAAUUAUACAUUAUCCAGCCCAUCAUCAUGAUGUUCCAUUAUUUGGACAGAAGUCCAGCACAGAGACAGAGAUAAAACAACAAGUUACUCCAAUGCUGAAGGGUCUCUGUCAGCAGAGUUAAGUCACAAAUGAUCAAUUACCAAACCUGCCCCACCACAUUCAUCUGUCUGUACUGGCUCCUAUGUGAUUAGAGCUGACAAAAAAGACUAAAGCACAUUCUUUAAGUAUUUUUGUAGUUAGGGAAUUUUAACUGUUUUUAAUUUUUAUAGGAAAAAAAUUAGCACGAGGCAAUCUUGAAAUAUUACAAGUAUUAAUAUAAACAAUAGGGUGCUGUUGCAACAUGCAAAAGUCUGUAUAUGGCUGUUAAUUGUGUAAAUGUACAUUUCUUUUCUUUAUUUUUUGAGGUUCCAAGAUAUUCGUGUAAAACAUAACAAAUAAUCAGUUUUAAUAAGGUUGUAUUUGUUAACAUUUAUGUAUUAGCUAACAUGAACUAACAAUGUACAAUACUGUCACAGCAUUUAUUAAUCUUAGUUCAUGUUCAUUUCAGCAUUUAAUACAUUUUAAAAUAAAAGUUACUGUGUAACAAAAGUAACUAACAUUAGUUAAUGCACAAUGAACUAACUUGAACAACUGUUUUGGCAUCAACUAACAAUAUCAAAGGAUAUGAAAUGCUGAUAAACUAUUGCACACAGUUAGUUCAUUGUUAGCUAAUGCUUAUUUAUCAAUGUUAACAAAUACAACCUUAUUGCAAAGUGUUACCAUAUUAAUUGUGCUUCCUUGUUUUAUGACUAAUAUCAUGUUGGAAUCCAUCUGCACAUUUUUUUUUAUACAUAUUUGUCUUUACCAGACACCUGCUGUACAUUAAUUGCAAUUAAAUAAAACUUUACCUUGUAUGUAUGUUACCAUGUCUGUGAAAUCCAGGCUAAAGUCUCAGAAUCUAUUAUUAAAGUAGGAGGAUCAAAGGUAAAUUUUAGUCAUUGAUUUUACAUUGAUUUCAAUAUUUGUAAUAGCCCUACUUGGUCAAUAUUAAAGAUAUCAAUGUUAUUUUCACAGAAUGUUUUUUGCAAAAUUGUGUAGGAUGAUUAUAUGUAGAAAACAGUAAAUCACACAAAAAAAAAUGACUUUAGCUGGGUUUUCACAGACAUGGUCACAUAUAUUUAAUCUGAUCUAAUAAAGUAAUUCUGCAUUUUGUUUAUUACAAAUGUAUUUUGUGCAAUAAAAGUAACUGCAUAACCAAAUUCAUGCUUUAUCUUAUAUCUAAUAAAGGCAAUCUGCUAAUAUACGUAUUCAGCUAAUGUCAAAUAAACACUGAGUUCAUUUUAAAGUGUAAACAGAUAUGUUUACACAAUGGACUGGUGAACUGCAAUUAUCUUUUGAAAUGUUUACAAUGGUCUUUAGUUUAUCAUGUUACAUCAUUCACAUAGACCCUAGUGGUAGGUCUAGCUCACUAUAAAGUGUGUUGGUCGUACAGUUCUGGGGUUUUAAAAAUACCA